AACGAGGAUUUGCCCCCCGGCAGUGCCAUGAGCAAGGUCGCGCUUUCACAAACGCGCCUUAAUUCCCGUUUAUCAUGGGAGAUAUGCUCACUUCAGCAGGAGAUAGUGCCUCAGCCGGCGGAAAAGGGUAGGAUUGCCAUCAAGCGCGGGAAGACGUUUAUAAUCGCUUUUUAUAUUUAAUAAUCAUUCAAAAAAAAUGUGCCUUGCAGUCGCCUCGUCGAUCCGCUGCGAUGCCACAUGAGGGGUGUCCCCGCUUCGCAGCAGGUCGUUUCGUCCCGCAGCGCUUGGACACCUGGCCAACUUUUAGGAGGAGCCUGUGGGUCCGGUCCGUGUGGAACAGCUGCGCAUCAACCCAGGCUGCUGCGCGGAGCACGAUCUGAACAUCUGAGAUUGGUGCGGCUCUCCACCGCGCUUAGCCAUGGAUGACACGAGCGCAUCAUCUUUACUCUACAUUUCUACUUCCCAGUAAUACCGAUACCACUCGUGGGAGACUAUGGGAGCUGGCAUCCCUGAAAUUAAUUCAAGCUUUAAUUUCACCGGUGACGAUUCUGCGAGCUUCCAUGGGACUGGCGCCUCAUUUUCAGGCUAUAUCAUGGUGAUCCUGGCUGUGUUAAUGGUAACUCUUGUGGUUGUAGUUGUAGUUGGGAAUGCGCUGGUCAUCUUUGCAUUUGUGGUGGACAAAAGUCUUAGAAAUCAGAGCAACUAUUUCUUCUUGAACCUGGCGAUAUCAGAUUUCCUCGUAGGUGCUUUCUGCAUCCCUGUCUACAUCCCGUACAUCCUGACAGGACGCUGGAUGUUCGGACGGGGUCUCUGCAAGCUGUGGCUGGUGAUCGACUACCUGCUGUGCACAGCCUCCGUGUUCAACAUCGUCCUCAUCAGCUACGAUCGCUUCCUGUCCGUGACACGGGCUGUCACGUACAGGGCUCAGCAGGGCAUGACCAACCUGGCCUUGGGGAAGAUGGUGGCCGUGUGGGUCUUGGCAUUCCUCCUCUACGGCCCUGCCAUCAUCUUCUGGGAGUUAGUGGUGGGCAAGAGCAAUGUUCCGAGUGACGAGUGUUUCGCCGAGUUCUACUACACCUGGUACUUCCUGCUCUGCGCCUCCACCUUCGAGUUCUUCUCGCCCUUCAUCUCGGUGGCCUUCUUCAACCUGAGCAUCUACCUAAACAUCCGCCGGAGGAAUAAGAGCCGCGAGGCGCAGCAGGCCGAACGUGCCAACGAGCUGCUUUUGUCCCAGCGCGAUGGCGCCCAUGCUGGCUCCGUCUUCUUCGUCAAGACACGCAAGGUGCAGUCGAGCGAGCCUGCGGCCGUGUCUGCCGUCAUCGAGGACGAUGAGCCAUCGCCAUCUUCCAGCUGCCUGAGCAGCAACUCCCUCAUGCUCAAGAAGAAGAUGGCCUCCAACAAACUGAGGCCCUCAGUCCCGCGUGUGCCCGUCGUCAACGGUGCCCAAGCGGACGCCCCCGGUGGCCGGAAUGUGCAGCACUCGCGCCUCUCCCGUGACAAGAAGAUCGCCAAGUCUCUGGCAAUCAUCGUGUGCAUCUUUGGGAUCUGUUGGGCACCAUACACAUUGCUGAUGAUCAUCCGGGCGGCCUGUAGUGGGCGCUGUGUGGAGCACCACUGGUAUGAGAUCACCUUCUGGCUCCUCUGGCUCAAUUCUGCCAUCAACCCGUUCCUGUACCCACUCUGCCAUAGCAGCUUCCGGCGAGCCUUCGCCAGGAUGCUGUGUCCCAAGCGUCAGUCUGUACAGCCGCAGACGGAGCCGCAGUCCUGCCAGUGACAGGGAGCCACGUCUGACGUGAGAGUGACAUUCUCAUUUUAAAGACAGACCACUAGGGGACAGUGUGGGGUGGGGGUGGGUGGUUAGAAAAUAAACGUCUUUUAAAGUUUCGCUUGGACUAAAAGCACAACGAUUCACAUUUCACUUGAAAAUAGUCCAGAUCUAAGUUCCAUUUUUCUUCCCAAUGUCACUUAAAAUCGUGCAUUUACACAGUGUUUAUUUUUGUCAUAAAAUAAAUAAAUGAAAUGUAUUUAUGAAAUGUAUUUAUAUGGUCAAUAUCCACUCUUUUUAAUUAAAAUGUGUUAAGUCUUAGCUUAUUUUAUUUUUUUUUAGCAAUUUUCUUUUUCUAAAAUAAAUGUGACCAAACUGUGAAUCGUACAAACUACAAGAGAGAUUUUUUUUCCCGAUUUAUUCAUUCCCACCAAAGGUUUCCCCAAAGAUUUUUACACAUACCGCUGCCCAGUCUAUAUUUCAUGGAAAAACGAUGUAUCUUUCUGAUAUUGUUUUGUGGGAAUAAGAGACAGAUCUGUGAAUCUAAUGUGACGAGUCUACCUCGUACCGAUACAAUAACUGGUGAAAAAGAUGAAAAAGCAGGUGAAAAGAGCAGGUCAAAAAAUAAGUACAUUUGGCUUCAUUGUACAUUGUUGUGGCACAGUCUGUGUAUGUAUGAAGAGUUUUAUAAAGACUGACGUGCCUCAUUGUUACGUCCUGACCAUCAUGUCCGCGUGUCCCUCCUCUCUCCUUCCUAAUGUGACUCUGAUGAGCCACGCCUGUUGCUUGUCACCCACCAUUAAUCCUUGUAUUUAAAUACCUGUUUGUCUCAUUAGCCCCAGUCUGGUCAUUGACAUCAUUCUACCUGUCUGCCUGUGCCUUUGCCUGUACUAGCAUUCUCAUUUUGACCCCUCACGGUCUUGUUUGUUUUCCUACUCCUGUUCAGUUCAAUAAACCCCAAAUGGCUGCCUUCGAGUCCUUCGUCUCACAAACUGUGACAGAAUAACCAGACUCCCAAAAAACCCCAGCAAUCUGCCCCUCCGCUCCAGCUUCCUCGCCUCCCCGUAUCUGGCAGACCGGAUAUCCUGAGUGCCUCAGAUCCGAGGACUGAAGGGGUUACCAGCACCGCAGGAGCCACCCUGCCUUCAAGCAGAGGACUUCUUCUCCCUCCUGGAUACUCACCUGGAGUGGAGGAGUAAUCCUGUGGUCUGGAGGAUCCCCACGGCGAGGCUCUCUUCAGGGAAACAGGGAGCAUGCUAGUGAGACUCACCCUGGACAUGGAUCCCCAGGAGGCGGAGAAGGCUCACUGCUGACUGACUGACAUGUGGAGUAUAGUCGAGUGUGAGAGCACUCAUCCUGCUGCCUCUCUGCCACGUGACGCCACUCAACCCGCCGCCUUUCCGCAGGGUGAAGCAUCUCAGCCUACCGGCUCCCCACAGCUAGCUGUAGCUCCACCCACCAUCUUCAAUCACAGGAGGAAGAAGCAGGGGAAGCUGGCUGUGCCUGUGGCUCCCACCUCGCCAGUCCCGGUGCAGCCCAGGAGGGGCCACUGCUUGUCUUGAGCCUCCUGAGCCCAGCCCAAGAGGGGCCGCAGCUUGUCCUGAGCCUCCGAGACUGGCCCGGGAGGGGCUGCCAUUCAUCCUGAGCUUCCAGAGCCCAGCCAGGCGGGGCUGCCACUAGUCCCAUUCCUCCAGAGCCCAACCCAGGAGGGACUGCCGCUCUACCUGAUUCUUCAGAGUCUGGCCCACAGGGGCUUGCUCAUCCUGUCCUUACCUCUGCUACAUCCACUGAGCCCGUCCUCACCUCUGCUGUGCCAGCAGAUCCCCUCCUUGCCUGUGCUGCACCCAGCCAAGAGAGGGCCACUCCACCAAUGCUCCAAGUGCCCAGCCCAGUAAUGGCCACUCCGCCUGUGCUCUAGGCACCUGCCCCAGAGAGGGCUGCUCUACCCAUGUUCCAGGCUCCUGGUCCAAUGAAGGCUGCUCUGCCCAUGCUCUAGGACCAAGGAAGACCACAUCAACAAUGUCUGCAAUCGUGGCAGCCAUACCAUCCCGUAGAGAACUGCAGUGGUUGCUCCAGGUGUUCGGGCUGCAGUCUCCUCGUCCCCUGCAGGUCACUGCUAGGUCGACGCCUAACUCCCCGGUUGCCGCUAAGCCAAGUUGGGUUGACGUGGAAGAUACCCCACAGAAGGACCUAUAAUGGGACCCUCUAGGCCUUGCCCUAAGUCCUGCUCUGAGGGCCCCAGCCUCAGCCCGAAGUCCGUACCUUUGAUCCUUAGUCCAGGUGUGGUGAGCGGUGUCAGCUGGGGCCUCAAAGAGAAGAUGGCUGAGUCUUCUCCUGGAGAGGGAGAAGAGGGCACACUGUCCGUGCAGGUCACCCCAUUUCUCAUUUGCCUGAUGUCCACUCUGACGACUCUCCUGCUGCGGCUGAGAGGAGAUGUCUCUCAGCGACCUCCUGCCCCUUCUCUGCAGUUCCCUUGGCUCCCUCCUGCUCCGGCCAUGCUGACCCCUUGGUGCCCUCUGGGCCCGCUGGCCCUCUAAGGCCCUUAGGCCCUGCGGUCCAGAUGGACCCUGCCUUGCCAGUGAUUAGGCCCAGGAGGGUCCGUGUCCCAAGGUCGCCACCCAGCUUCCUGGAGACUUCCUGGAAAUUUCCUGUUCCCUCUGGUCACACCUUGGUCCCUGUCCUGGUUCCCUUUCCUGCCUUGGUUUUGUCCUGGCCUUUGUCCCCUGUGGUUCUCUCCUGUGUUUCUAUCCCUGUUACUGUGGUUCCUCUAAGUAUCCGCCCUGUCCUGGUGUGUGUCUUGUUGGGUGUCCUCUCUGCUGUUUUGCCUUGGUCAGUCCCAUGCCCCUAGUCAUGUCAUGUGUUUUGUCCCAUGUCUGGGGUUUUUUCUGUCAGGUGUUCCCAGAUGGGGUGUAUUCAGUUUGUUUCAGUCUCUGUCUGUCCUGGGCCAUUGUCCCUGGUGCCUUGUUCUGUCUCAUGUUUGGUCUGUUUCGACAUGUGUCCUGUCCUGUCCAGUGGCUCGGCCCCUCUGGUAUUGUGAGGUUUCUGUCCCGUGUACCCUGUCAGUCCUGCUGUGCCCUGUACCAUCUGUCCCUAGCCCUGUGUGUCUGCCCUUGCAUUUGGUCCCAUUAGUCCCCUUCCCUGUUGAUCCUCCACACCUGGAGGACACACUUCGGGGUGGGGUAAUGUUAUGUCCUAUCCUCCUGUUUCCUCUCUAACGUGGCCAUGCCUGGUGCUUGUUACCCCUCAUUAGUCUUUGUAUUUAAGUACCUAUUUGUCUCAUCAGCCCCAGGCUGGUCAUUGAUGUUGCUCCUCCAGUCUACCCAUGUCCUUCCCCUUACUAGCCUUCUCGUUCUGACUCCUCGUGGUCUUGUUUGUUUCCCUGCUUCCAUUCAGUUCAAUAAACCCCUUUUGUUCCCCAAACGUCGGGCUUCGAGUCCUUCGUCUUGCACACCGUGACACAUAUUACAUACUGACUAAUAUGUGUAUUAUAGUCAUUUUCUCGGAAUACAGUCUGCCUUCACCAUCUGUGCUACGGAUAUUAAGUCACUUUGUUUGUCCUUUGAUGUAACCAGAAAUUCAAAUAAAGCCCCUGUAAAGCAUUUUUUUUCAGCUGUACUGCUGAUAUAAUCUAGGGGAGAUGUGAAACAGAAGUUGCCUCUUAAUUGCUCCUGCAAAAGCAAACAGAGGCAAACAACCCAGGUGGCACAAACAGGGUAUGUGCAGCAGGCCGACACUAAUUCAGGGGCUGCAAUCACAGGAAUAGCACUUUCAAUGUGGGAAAUGAAGGCAUUUCAGUUCCUUUUUGUUCCUAGAGAGUCACAUGCCUCCAUACUGGACCACUGGUAACUUGUUAGUGUCGCAGAUAAAGUACUUUGCAUCCGGCACUGAAAUAAACAGCAUGCACGGUGUGUCCUGUUAAGCAUGGCAACUUGCUCAUGUGCCACAUGGGAAGUGCCACAACACAAUUUGCAAGGGCACAGUUACACUGGGUGUUCUGCAACGGGAAUUAAACUUUGGACACCCACACAGGUAACACUGGUGCUCAGAAUCGCAGCACUCAGUCAGGGCGUUGCAUGCAAGACUUGCAGCAUUCUUUGCAGUGCAUUGAGUGAUCACCAGGAGUCCUGCUUUGGUCAUUUCUCAUACCUCAUUUUACAUGUAUACAAUAUAUUCCCAUAUAUGUUCCACUGCUCUGGAAUGCCCUAGAGAAAAUGUUUUUGUCCCCCCAGAAAGUUAAAGGGAUUUUAAAUAUACUUUUAAAACAUUACUGUACAAACCCCAUUGAGCAAGGGUGUAAAUUUGGGUAUGGACAGUACAGGGGUCGGCUCUGGGUGUUUAGGUGUCAUAGGCAACACCCCCAACCUACCCUGUAGAGCAACAGAAGACAGAUUUUGUCAAUUAAUUUAUUCUAAUAACAUUUCAGUAACAAGGGUGUCUGACAGCUAACUAGCUAGCUAGCAUCUGAUUUACAAGUAGUGAAAUAUUAUAACUUAGUGUAAAUAGCCAUAAUAUCACAGAAUGCAGCCACAGGUAUUUCUCCCAGUUUUUUUCACUCGCUCUUUUGCACCCUCUAAUCAAAUGGCGCCCUAUGUCGCAUAUAGGGUGGGCGGCCCUGGGAUGGUAGCGACAUGUUCCUACCAAUAUUGUGGUAGUGUUGUGUGUUUGUGGGGAAGCAGGGGGUUUGAGGGUGAUUGGCCCAUACCAGUCACAUGCACAGGGGGUUUGAGGGUGAUUGGUCCAUACCAGUCACAUGCACAGGGGGUUUGAGGGUGGUUGGCCCAUACCAGUCACAUGUAGGGGGGUUUGAGGGUGAUUGGUCCAUACCAGUCACAUGCACAGAUAUUUUGUAGGUGCCACAUGGGUGAACCUUGGUAAAUUCAGGAUGAAAGUGUCAGGUGCUCAGUAAUCGCUAGCCCCCCACCCCGUGAUUAAUCAACAUAACUUUCUGUAACGGAUGCUUCUGCACAACCACCAGAUUUAUAAGACCAUUACCUGUUGUCAAAACAAGUGGUACAUGUAAAAUUGCCCUACGUGAAUUUCAGAUUACAGAUCUCUGUUGUACUCGAAUGUGUUAUGAUCAAUCACAUUUAGUAAUUCAGUCCAAUCUGAAGGGAGCAUGCACAUUUUUUAUUGAUCAAAUGUUAAUUACAAGCUGGAGAACUGGAAACAUUCAUUUAUUUGGUUAAAAGUUUAUUUUUAGUCUACAGUAUGUGACUACCACUGUGAGAAGGUGUUCAGAUUAACUGGAGCACUGCAAUAAAUGAUAUGUACUGUAAUAAAAUUCAUUAUAUCUUCCUCUGUCUUGAACAAACUUCACCAGAAUGAAAGUGUGUCAAGGUUUAUUCAUAAGAGCCUAGACUUCCAAUGACAAUCUGAUGAGUGGUUCUGGGGGCCCGGGUUUGUUAAACACAUGCAAUCAGAACUCGUUUCCAAGAGGAUUAACUAUAUGAUUUCUUUGUUUUUAUAUUUUAAAUUUUGUGUGCUGUCUGCUUUAAAUUAUGAUUUGGAGCUUGGGACACAUUAACUGUGAUAACUUUUGUUUAAAAAAAUAAAAGACAGAUGUAGUCUGA